GUCCGUACUCAACCUGUACGUAGGUGUGCAAACUGUCUGAACCACAACACACAGUAACAACUUAAUCCGAAGCGACAACAUUACGUCACGGCGCUAAUUGUUUUACCGAUCUAAUUAGGUAUCGCUUACGUGAUAAUAGUUCCGAACAGUUCCUUUAGCGUUUGACAUACACGUAUAAUCUUCAGUUACUGUUUACACUGUCACAAAACAAGUGAAGAUGCCGUCUGGUGUAAUUUUUAUUGUCUAUAUACCUUCGAGUAAUUAUGAACAUAUUCUAAGGUUUGGCAAACCUAAAGAAUUAAUUACAGUUGAAAAUUCUGAUGCGAAAUCUGCUCGUUUAGCAGUUGAAUUGAGGAAUAAAAAGUCGAGAAGUAUUCCAAUACAUUUGACGCAGCAAUAUAACAAUGAAGGCUACAGUCAGCCAUUGGAGAAUAUUGAUGAAACAGAUGAAGUUUUUACUAUGGAGAAUAUUCUUCAAGAACUACUGAGCAAGUUGCACGUGGAGCACGUCGUUUGGAUGAAUGACAAAGCCGGCAACUAUUUCGAGAUUAUAUUCCCGCUGCCAACUGGCGAUCAAUGCGAGACGAUGCUUCACUGUCUCACACAACUCGGUAUCGGCGUCCGAUGCAAGUCCAUUGUCAGCGUGCUUCCAUGUAGCGUGGUCCACUCGGCUGUCCCAAACGAACGGAUUGAUGACGACACAUUCCAACGAAAGUCUGAGGAUGCGACACGUUGGCGCAACUUUGUGGAGUCGAUCCGAUCCAAACUGACUGUCAAGCAAGUUGUAGACGGUGUCAGGGGCGGCGGGGAACUGUCCUUCGACUAUCUGACAUUAAUUAUCACAGCUGACUCCCUAGCAGCUUUAGGGUUAGUAGAAAACAAUGCAUCGAACAUCGUAGCAGCCAUGUUGGUCUCCCCACUAAUGGGACCUGUGAUGUCCAUCACUUUCGGUACAAUCAUAUCAGACAGGAGCCUGGUGAGAAGCGGCUUCGAAAGUUUGGUACUUGGCAUGUUUGUGUCUCUUCUAUUUGGGUUCAUAUUUGGACUGAUACUCGGUACCACUGAAAUGCCUUGGGGAUUCGGUGAUUGGCCUACAGAGGAAAUGAAGGGACGAGGCAAUGUCCGUUCUUUAUGGAUGGGUGUUCUUUGGGCACUAACUUCGGGUACAGGAGUAGCUCUUGCUUUACUACAAGGCAGUGCAGGACCGCUUAUCGGUAUCGCCAUUUCAGCUUCUUUGCUGCCACCGGUAGUAAACUGUGGACUUUACUGGGCUUUAGCUUGCAUAUGGCUGUUAUAUCCAGGAUCAAAAAUUCCUCAUAUAAAAGGAGAAGCUUACACUGGCAAUUCCUCAUACCAACCCUUGUAUCAUGACUAUCUUCCUAUUGAAUUUGCUGUGAACGGUAUCGUAAGCUGUUGUCUAACCAUAGUAAACGUGAUAUGUAUAUUCAUAACUGCCAUAAUAUUCCUGAAGAUCAAGGAAGUGGCGGCUCCAUAUACUUCCAGUCCAGACUUGAGAAGGUUUUGGGAACAGGAUAUUAAGGUGGCACGAGAGGCUAACAGGGCUAACUUGCACAAAGCGGAAGACGAUGAGAGAACUGAAUUGGUGUUAGAGAAUCUGGAUCACGAGACUGACUCAGAAAUCAAAGAAAAGUUAGAAGCUGCGGUGGAACAAGCGCUAGAUGAUGAAACUUACAGGAAGGUGAAGAGGAUGAGCUAUCAGAGCCACAUAGCUGACGAGGUUAUUCACACCAUCGGACUAUCAAGGACCCCGGCAUCCAUUCUCUCAAGUCAAAUAAACUCAGGCGUAAGCACUCCGUCUGGUCACAAACCCUCAAAUGUGGAUGACAUCGCGGCUUUGGACAAACUUCUGACGUCACUGCUUGGUUUGAAAGAAACAAGAUGCAGGUCAUUCAGAUCGCACAGAGGCACACCUAGAUCAAGCAGAAUCCCCAGGACUUUUCAUGAUGUGACUGGGCCUAGAACGCAGAGAGAGUCCUGGCCGGAAAGAAUUUAUGAGGAUUCUGUAGUCCGAAGCGUUAUCAGCAAUUUGAGAGCCAGCAAAAGGAGUUCGCAAUUAGAAGAUCCUUUUAUGACGCCAAAGUAGUAGUAUUUUAUAGUAGUUACUGCUUAGAUGUAGUUUGAAGCGUAAUAAAGAGCACCAGACACUUAAUAAAAAAAAAUACUUAAAUUAAUUGGAUUCCGUCGCCAAUUUG